UUCGGUUUAAAUAACGUCACAGGCAUUAAAAUAAUGAAAUGCAAAUUUAAGUAGCCCGAGCAACAGUACUGCGGUUCGGGAAGAAAUUCGCAUAACACUACUACCAACGCUACCGCCUACAACUCAACUCGACGGAGAAAUGGUACCAUGAUGGUAUUUCCAUCACGAAACAGAUGACUAACGCUGCCGCUGCAGUACCACGAGUACGCAAACAGGCAAGCGCCACUUUACCUCGUGCCGUUUGCAUCGAGUUCCCGUUUGCUCAUUCGCAACGGUAGUGGCGAGCGGAAAGCACCCAUUCGCGAAGAGUUCUCUGUUAUGGUAUCAACUCCACCGUCGCGGUUUAGGACUUGGCCGAUAGCACUCGCACUAGUGUCUCUUGGCAGUGUUUACCUCACCCUUGUCAAUUUGACUAUUUCGGUACAGAAUCAGAGGCAGUUUGAUAGGACCCCAGUGAAAAAAAUUGUGGCUUACUCUCUUCUGAAGCAGAUUGAAAAGGAUAGCGAGGAGAUAGAGUGCGAGUUUAAGUACUUUAAAGAUAAUGUUACCCUAGGGUAUGAUACAGAGUGGUAUCAGGUUGAUGGUACAAAUGUUUUUGUUUAUUCAGUGCACAAGGAUUUAAGGCUUCAGCCUUAUCAGUUUGUGAGGAUUGUGUCUAUGACCAAAGGGUCUAUAAAUUCCAGUCUAUUUUGCCAAUUAUACAGCAAGGAUGGAUCAGUUUUUGUCACAAAAACCACAUUUACUCCCGUAUGGUCCGAAAAAUGGGACCAAAACUCAACCAAUGUAUACUACAACCCCAUAUUAUUAUCUUGUAGAAUACCGAUUGGAUUAAUUCCAGUUUUUGUGAAACUAACAACACAACCAUGUGAAAUAAAUGUAAAUAGUAGAAAAUAUGAUUUGGAACCGCUAAAUUUACCAAAGAGGAUGUUUACUGUAUGCGUUAAGCCAUUGAAUUUUAAGGAAGAUAUUUCUAAAAGGUUGAUACAGUGGAUUGAAAUUAAUAGGAUUUUGGGAGCUGAAAAAAUCGAGCUAUACAUAGGAAAACUUGAUGAUCGAGUUAAAAAAACGUUAAAAUGGUAUCCCAACACAAUAGCAACAAAACAAUUUAGCGAAAUAACAAACAAUGAGCAAAACGACACACAUCCAACAUACAACGAAAAAUCUGAAGCGUAUGUGAAGAAUUUAUGGCAGAAACGACGAUAUGAGAUCAUCGCCUAUAAUGACUGUUUUUACCGAAACUUAAUGUCCACAUACAUUAUACCACUGGACGUAGAUGAAAUAAUCGUGCCUUUAAAAACGAGAAGCUGGCAAAGUCUUUUAAGAAGUCAAUCUCAACUUAAAGGUGAAUUUGCAUCAUUUAGCGUUUCAAAUGCUUACUUUUUUACCAAAAAACAACAAUUUUCAAAAGAACAACCUUAUUUCUUUAAAAAUAUGUAUAGAAGUAAUCCAAGUAAAAACGGCGAAUCUUGUAAAAGUUUUAUAAUAACCAAUAACACAUUAACUGUUUUUAAUCAUUAUGCUUUCGAUGUGUUAAGACCUGGGGUUGGGAAAACGCAUUUUCUUUCAAGAAAUUUAGUACAAAUGAAUCAUUAUAAAACUAAUUGCUCCACUGUGAUAUUGCCUGAGUGUGCUAAAUAUAUUUCUAGUCCUAAGAAAAAAGAUGUUUCGAUAUUUAGAUACAGACAAGAGUUUUAUAAAAAUUAUAAUGAAAUUGUUAAACUAUUAAAACUGUAGAUAAAUAAUAUAGUGAUAUUGAUUUUAAGAAUGAAUGUGCUUAAUAAAUAGAUGUAGGUAAUGUAAAUGUAAGAUUUGUAAAUAAAAUUUAUUUAAUUAUU